GAGUAUUAUAUUUUGUAAUUUAUUUAAGUUUAAAUAAUUUUUUUUUGAGAAACUUACAGUAUGGAUUUGGUGGAGUGACAUUAGUAUACUUUAGUCACUUUUGCCCUUUAUGAAUUAGAAUCUACAUGAGUUGCUAAAUUGAGAAAUGGAUUUGGUAUCAUCAUUGAAGGUAAAAAAAACAACUCAUUUUGUGUUUCAAUAUUCAAAGUUGAGUCUCACCAAUAAAGGUGACAUUAUUAUACCAAGUACAAUCUAAUAGAUUUAGACUUUGGGUCUGUUCUAUCAACUUAAUUUCAGUUCAUUUCCUACUUCCUAAUUUCCUCUUCUCAUAAACAAUUCAGUUCAGUUCAGUCAUAAUCUGUUCAUUUCAACCCUAAUCUGUUCAGUUUAGUAGUUUUCAUUGAAUCGAAACAUACCCUUUACUAUUAGUUUACCUAAAGGUGAUCGCGAGGCCGGCCUUUGACAGUAAAAGAUGGUCCGCUUACAGGCCAAAGACUUCGGCAAAGCCAAGACUUCACCAACCAAUGUUCUCAAGUUCUCAACACAGUUCAACACAUUCCAUAGUCCUGAAAAAAAAAAAAAAAAAAAAAAAAAAAACGGAUAAAUGGAAAAAAAACAAGGAAUUUCUGGUGUAUGUCUUCCUUGCGUAAUACCAACGGUAGACUUAGCAUUUCAACACGGUGGAAGUAAUAAACUACACAAACUCAUACCUCAUCAUCAAUGGCACUCUCUACCUUCACCUUCAAACUCACCCCUCCACUUCCUCUUCCUCUCCGCCAUUCUCAACCACUUCCAAACCCUCGAAUUUUCUCUCUCCUCCCCUCACCAUGUCCAACUCUCCGUCUUCCUCCUCCUUCCAGAAGCUUCCUCCGCCGCCGGAGAAUUCUCCCCGUCAAUGCGGCGGCGUCGGUGAACGGAAUUCCAAUUUCUGCUAAUCCAGAGAAUCAGGAAUUUUCGGAAAAGGUUGAGUUAGGAGAGAGAAUUCGCAAGUUUUUUGAAUUUUUGCCGGCGAUUUUGCCCGGAGGAAAAUGGUGGAAGUUGUCUGAUGAAGAAAUUGAGGUUGAUCUUAAAGCGAAGCCGGUGACUGUUUGGAAUGCGCUUCAUCGGAUGUGGACGUUGGUUCGGAGUGAUCGUUGGGUCAUUUUUGCUGCCUUUUCUGCUCUUAUUAUCACUGCGCUUGCAGAGAUCUCUAUACCACACUUCUUGACAGCAUCAAUCUUUUCAGCACAGAGUGGCAAUGCCAUGAUUUUCCGUCGAAAUGUGGUUCUUUUGUCUAUUUUUUGCAUCAUUGCCGGAAUUUGCAGUGGCAUAAGAGGAGGCUGUUUCAGCGUUGCAAAUAUGAUCCUAGUCAAGAGAAUGAGAGAAACGUUGUAUUCCUCUCUCAUGCUUCAGGACAUAUCCUUUUUUGAUGCUUCAACAGUCGGUGAUCUCACUAGCAGGCUUGGGGCAGAUUGUCAGCAGGUGUCUCGUGUGAUUGGAAAUGAUCUUAAUUUGAUAUCACGCAAUAUUCUGCAGGGCACUGGUGCCUUGAUCUAUCUGCUAAUUUUAUCCUGGCCGCUUGGUUUGUUCACGUUAGCAAUAUGCAUCACUCUUUCGUCAAUUAUGAUUGUAUAUGGCCAGUAUCAGAAGAAGGCAGCAAAGCUGACCCAGGAGUACACUGCCUCUGCCAACGAUGUCGCUCAAGAGACACUUUCUUUGAUGCGAACUGUUAGAGUUUAUGGCACAGAAGAGCGAGAAUUAGGAAGGUAUGAGGUGUGGCUGGAAAGAUUAGCAGGUAUCAGCUUACGACAAAGUGCUGCAUAUGGACUUUGGAAUGUCAGCUUCAAUACUCUUUAUCACUCAACGCAGGUCAUCGCUGUGCUGGUUGGGGGAAUGUCUAUUCUGGCCGGUCGUCUAUCAGCUGAACAACUAACUAAGUUUCUUUUAUAUAGUGAAUGGCUAAUCUAUUCCACUUGGUGGAUAGGGGAUAAUGUAUCAUCAUUAAUGCAGUCUGUGGGAGCAAGUGAAAAAGUAUUUCAGCUGAUGGAUCUUGUGCCUAGUGAACAGUUCGUCUCGGAAGGAUUGAAACUGCAAAAACUGACUGGGCAUAUUGAUUUUGUGGAUGUCUCCUUUUCCUAUCCGACAAGGCCUGAGGUACAUGUAGUAGAAGGCAUAAAUGUGUCCAUGCACCCAAAUGAAGUUAUUGCUAUAGUUGGUCUUAGUGGCAGUGGUAAAAGCACAAUUGUGAAUCUGCUUCUACGUCUUUAUGAGCCAACUGGUGGUGAGAUAUUAAUUGAUGGCUUUCCUCUUAAGAAGUUAGACGCUCAAUGGUUGAGAGCAAGGAUGGGAUAUGUGGGCCAGGAACCUCGGCUUUUCCGAAUGGACAUAAGCUCAAACAUUAGAUACGGGUGUCCCAGAGAGGUCACACAAGAAGAUGUUGAGUGGGCUGCUAAGCAAGCUUUUGCUCAUGACUUUAUCUCAUCCUUGCCCAAUGGUUAUAAUACCAUUGUUGAUGAUGAUCUGCUCAGCGGUGGACAAAAACAACGGAUUGCUAUUGCUCGAGCUAUCGUUAGAGAUCCAGCCAUUUUGAUUCUCGAUGAAGCUACUAGUGCCUUGGAUGCAGAAAGCGAACACAAUAUCAAGGGCGUUCUUCGUGCAGUAAAAAAUGACUCGCGAUCGAAGAGAACAGUCAUAGUAAUUGCACAUAGGCUUUCCACAAUACAAGCUGCUGACAAGAUAGUAGUGAUGAGUGGUGGUCAUAUUGUCGAGGUGGGUUGUCACAAGGAGCUUCUUCUAAAGGAUGGCUUGUAUGCAAGAUUAACCCGUAAACAAGCAGAUGCUGUCGCUUGAAGCAUUGAGCAAUUCCAUGAAAGUUACUUGCUAUGAAGUACAGAGCACAUUGGUGCACUGUUUUACCUUUCUUAACAGUAGUCUUCUACUGCAGUCACAACCCACGAGAGGUUGAAGCAAACUGUUCUGCUGCUGAUCAGUGAAUUUGGCAAAAGUCAAUAUUUUCAUGUAACAGAUCCAAUGAAGAAAUUGUGCAUUGGUGCUUUGGUGGGUUGAUGAUGGCGGCGACCAUAAUUUGUCAACAUGGCUUAAAAGGCGCAGCUCAAUUUUUUGAUGUAGCUGCGACAUAUAUUGUUUUUCCUUCCAAUUCUUAUAUCCUCGUGUACUAAUAAUCCUAUAUAUAAAAACUAGUUAGUUCAAUCUGGAAUUUGAUUAACUUGCAAGUGUACAUUAUACAAUAUUACUUCAAUUAGAGCAUUUGCACCUUCUUGUGCCUUUGAAUUCUCCUUGUAACAUUGUAUGUUGGAUAUUGAAUAUGGAAUUUAACUUUUAUCAAAUUUAUCAGAACUUUAAGAUUAA